AUGAUUUAUUAUGGAAAAAAUUAUCUCAGGAAAUUAGAAUCGCUUGCUAUUUUGGAUCGAGUAUAUAAACGUGAAAUAAAAAACAUCGCCAUACAAGAAGAAGUUGGGCGAGCUGAAGAUAUUGGAGAAAAAACUAGAAAAACGCAAGCAAGCACAGAGGGCUCAAAAGCUGAAGAAAGGGUUGACUCCGAUGAUCUAAGCGAAAAACGACAACGGAUAACUAGGAGUAUGCGGAUGCGAAAAAUGAAAUCGUAUACAAAUUCAAUAACAGGUUCCGAAUCUUAUGGAUUAUCCGAAAACAAUGAAAAAAAUGAAUACAUCCAAAAUAAUAAGAAGCAAAACAAGAAAUCGUUAAAAGAUUUACUUGGUGAUGAUCUUCAGUGCUCAGAAAAUAUGAAAUCCCAUGACACGCUAUAUCCCAGUGAAAAUUUAACUGAUUUACGACCUAAUUCGGACUAUUUCAAGAAACUUCCUUUCGAAAUUUUGGAACCAUAUUUCAAGGAGCUUGAUGAUAGAAUUGAGAAUUUAAUUCCGUCAAAUGCACACAGAUUCCUGACGGAGUUCUUUCAGCAAGAUUUGUCCGGCGAGGAAUCGCACAUCAGGAUUGAUGACCUACGCUUUCCAAAUAAAAAAUACUUGAACAAGCAAUAUUACAUUUCAGAUAUACCCAGUCACUGGUACUGGCAAGAUAUUGGCACUUUGACAGGAUUCAGGCUGAUUGCUGAGCAUGUGAUGGACGCGAAAAUAGGAGGUUUAGGUACAAAGGUAGAAGGGUUAAGCUCAAGGAUGGACAAAUUAGAGGCAAAGAUGGAAGAUUUAAAUGACAAGGUGCAUGAAAUUCGUGGUUGGAUAGCAAGGUAA